AUGACCGACAACCACACAGAGGCUCCGCCUCCCAUACCCGCCAAAUCUCCCAUUGAACGAAAGCCCGUGGGAGGCAUCCCACCCAAGGAUCCAACCGUUGAACGAACCCCGACUCUUCCUCCUCGACCUUCCCAAGACACAGACAAGAAAGAGACCGAAGCUCCUCAGAAAAAGUCUACUUCUACCAGGAGCAAGUCCCCGCCAUCCCCGAUCAAAGUCGACAAGUCACAGCCCGAAGACUUUGAGGGCGAGCUUGCGACGAACAAUGAUAUUCCCUCCCCUGAGACCCUCAAGAAGAUUGGGAAAUAUAUCGUUCUCGACCGCCAUGGAAAAUCACACCCUUUUAAGACCCUCUAUACUGGCAGUAACGUCGCACGUCGUGUGCUCAUCAUCUUUGUCAGACACUUUUUCUGUGGUAACUGCCAGGAAUUCCUACGCUCUCUAUCCGAAGCCGUAACUCCCGAAUCUCUACUGAGAUUGCCGGUCAGCACCUUUAUCGCUGUCAUUGGAUGUGGCGAUCCUGCCCUUAUCGACAUGUAUGUCAACGAGACAGGAUGUCGCUUCCCUGUAUACACCGACCCGACAAGGUCAAUUUUCGACGGUCUCGGCAUGUCAAAGACGUUGCAAAUGGGCGCCAAGCCUGCAUACAUGCGCCGAAGCAUGGCUCACAGCAUCGUGGGCAGUAUAAUCCAGGGCGUUAAGCAAAUCCCCACCGGAAACGUUCUCAAGAUGGGCGACCAGCGUCAAGUAGGCGGCGAAUUCCUUUUCGAGCCGCAAGACAUCCUCACGCCUGUCACGACACCGCGAAAUGAAAAGGCGCAGCCCAUCAGCGCAUUUGAGGAGGCAGAGGAGCGAGAACCAGGAUCUGAUAAUUACGGAAACGAAGAGAAGAGGGUUACGUGGUGUCAUCGCAUGAAGACUACGCGCGAUCAUGCUGAGAUCCCUGAGCUUAUCGAGGUACUCGGACUAGACCAAACCGCUCCUACUGGACGAGAGGCGAACCGCGCUUCAGUAACUUCAGCUCGAAAGGGCAAGGGACGCAGUAUGGCACAGGAGAUUAGGAAGCUGAGCGCCGAAAGAUCUCGGACAUCUGACGAGACGUGA